AUGAAACAUUAUAAGUUGUUAGUGGGGGCUCUCAAAAAAUUUGGAAAUAUAAAAAUUAGUGACACGAUGGGUAUAAAAUUGUGUGACAAUGAAUACGUUGGCUGUUACAGACACGUUAAUUUUGUAUGGAAAACAACUACCGUGCAAUCUGUAACUGAGUGCAUAUCAGAAUGUAUGACCAUGAGUUCUCCUGUACAAACUGCUCUGCUCUACAAAAAUUGUUAUGAUGUUGCAGAGCCUGGAUUCGAAUGCUUAGAGAUAUCCGCCUAUUAUAUGAAAUGUUUAACGCUUGGAUUCAUACGUGAUCACAUGUGUUAUGUUCAAAAAGUGGUAUCAUGCCUUUGCGUCAUAAAAACACUUGGAAGAUUGCCAUCUCGUAAAUGUAACAUCCUUUGUCCCGAUGGGCUGUCUUGUGGUGGACGCCUUGCUUACUCUGUUUAUACAGGUAAUGAGUUGAAAUGUGAAGGCACGAUAGCCGGCGUGACAAUGGAAGGAUGGAUAACAUCAACUUUGUACUUCACUUUGGCCACCAUUGUUGAAAAUUGUGCUGCUAUGUGCAGAAAUACUUCUCCAUUUUUCAUUAUGACAGGAACUAACUGCUCGUGUUUCGUACCAACGAACACAAUUCGGUCUGAAAAUAUUGUCAGAACUUCAAAGUACUGCAGUCUGUAUAACGGUCUCCUUACUCUUCAUACAACUAUCCAUGUACUGAAACGAAACUUUAAGAAUCAUUUCCCCGAUGAGACGAUUGACUUUGAAAGAGCGCACACAUGCCAGCCAGGAUGGAAAGGUGAUCUCUGCGAUAAAAGAGAUUGCAGUCUGAACAAUGGUGGCUGUGGUACGACUGAUAUAUGCGUUAGCAGUAAAGUCAAUGGUGCUGAAAUCUCUGAGUGCCUGUGUCAGGAUGGUUAUGUCAAAGAUUUCUUAGAUAAAUGUGAAAAAUUUCGGUUUAACGUGGCAUACACAAAACCUUGCGUGUCAUGUAUGAAUAAUUCAAUAACUAAUGGUGUGUAUUUGGAAGAGCCCCUCAAGUCGAUGUUUGUAUCCCUCGAUUUGUUGUACAAGUAUUUCAUUGCCUAUGUGGUAGUCUUCAUGGCAGAAGGGAACAGUACAUCCAACACACACUCCAUUGAGUUGCAUGCAUCAUACCCUGGGAGGAAUAGACCUUCGAUGAUAAAUAGUCCCCAAAUGUGCGGAAGUUUUAUUGCUUCGAUUUCUGAAUACCUCCUUCCUAUUAGAGUUAACUGUCAAGACCCGAAACUAGAAACACGAUUUAUAACAGUUUCAACAUUGCAACUGCUUAAAAUGCACUUUGUGGAGAUAGAAGCUUAUCCACGGGAUUGCAGCUGGAACAAUGGAAAUUGUGGCCACUUUAAAUGCAUGGAGUCGGUUCUUAACAGCGAGCCACCGAUUUUAUUGCAAUUUUUUUUGGUAGAUUGCAGUUGGAUGGAUGUUGAUUGUGGCUAUCCUGAGUGCUUGGAAGUUACCGCCGCUGGCCACCCGCCGUAUCUUUUGUGUUUAGAUUGGAAUAAUGAGGAAUUUCCAGUGGCUGCAAAUGUGACAGAAAGUGUCUCAUGUAGGAAUAGGAAUGGUGGAUGUUUAAAGUUGACUUGCAUCGAGUUUCGGGAGGAAAAUCAGGGAUGGAAUGUAACUAUAAAAUGUGUUCCUCCUGAUUCUAAACUAUCCGUAGUGACAGAAGGUAAACCUAAAAAUAAAAUAGAUUUCAAGGGAUGUUUUCUCUCAAUGCACAGAACCAAGGAACUCCAAACAACUUCGUUUGAAACCUGUAGAGAUUUCUGCCUCUACACAUUAGUCUUCGGAGUGAUACGGGGCGAGUUAUGUGCAUGUGGAAACAUAGUGCAGAAUGAAGUUAGCGCCGACGUGUGUGUCAGAAAAUGUUCCAAUGGAUUUUCAUGUGGUGGAAAUUAUUCCUACUCGGUUUAUGCCAGAAGCGCUGAUACAACGGUAGACAUUGGAUGUUUCAAGCUUGUCGUCUUUGAGCAUCAGCUAAAUCAACCCUUGGGUAAGUUUUCUUGCUGGAAGAAAUGUAAAGAACUUGAGUAUCCGUACGGCGGUUUAAAUGGUGAGACAUGUUUUUGUGGUGAAAAAAUAAAAUUCAAAGAUCAGGUCAACAUGGAACAGUGUGACGAGUCAACUGAUCUUACUUUGCUGGCUGAUGUCUCACCUGAAAUUGACGUAUAUGAAAAGACGAUAAAAUAUCAUUUCUGCCUAAAUGACAGGACAGAGAUGAGUAAAAAAUAUUGCAAAUCUGGUGUCUGUGUGCCUGGUUGGAAGGGGGUUCUCUGCAACAAUAGAGAUUGUGACUCGAACAACGGAAGCUGUAACCACACUAUGAUAUGUCAGCUGGAAAAUGUUAACUACAAAGUAUUUGCCAAGUGCCUAUGCGAGCAGGGCUUCUCAAAAACCGAUCAAUACGUAUGCGUAGAAACCAUCAGCGCAGACAAGACGCCAGAAAUUUUUUACAAUCUCAUCGCUGUAUGUUCUCUUUCGUUCAUUGUAGCCGUACCGAUUUUUAUAGCAAUGGUUCAGGCUGUAAGGCAAGUUGCCAAAGGGAAUAUAGGUAAGUAUAUUUGGGUUAAAGUUUUUUUAACAAUUAUUGAAAUCAAAAUUAUUUCUAUAAAAUUUAGUGCAAUUUUUAGCCAAACUUGCGAAAAAAACAUGUUUGUCAACGAAUAA